AUGAGCUCAUCUCUUAUGCAUUACUAUGACUAUGCUAAGCGCACACUGUUUAAUGGCGGUGGAGGUGGAUCAUUAGUUAGGACUAUCGACGAUGUACCUCAAAAUGGAGUUAUGGAUAAUUUUUUGAAUAUAUGCGCUUUUGCAUUAAUUGCAGCAUACAUGGGAUAUUUGAUUAUGAUGAAAUCAAAGAAUAAUAAUAAAGUUCAAAAGAAAGAAGAUAACAUAAAUCCAAUUCCCCAUUUCAAAAAUACUUACAACAAAUAUAAUAAGUAUACGGAUGAUCAACUAAAUAUCCCCAAAACAGAUGAAUGGAAACAUACUGCUUGGAAAAAAUGGAUGGUAACUUUAGAAGAUAGAUGGGACAAAUUUAUCAACGAAAUUGAUAAAAAUAAAAGUGAAUGGAUGGAUAAAAAAGAUGCUCAAUUGAUAGAAUGGGUAAAAGAACUACAAGCAAAAUGGUUGCACUUUAACCCUAAUAUUGAUCAAGAAUAUAAAAUUGAAUUUUUAAAAAAAUCAGAAAGCUGGUCUGAUGAUAAAUGGAAAAUAUGGAUGUUAACAGAAGCACAACAACUUUUAGAAAAUGAUCUAAAAGAAUGGCUUUCUCAAGCUGAAGCAGAAUAUUGUAAAUGGACUAUGGAUUCAUGGCGCCAUUGGAAAGAUAGUCAAAUAAAAGAAUGGAUAACUCUUGAUUGGAAAUAUGAAGAAGAUAAUUUCUUUUCGAAAGUUGAUGAAUUUUCAGUAGAAGUAUUACCAAUAGAAGAGCGAAGAUUAUGGUAUGCUUGGAAAGAAAGAAUAUACAAAGAAGGAAGUGAUUGGAAAUAUUGGACAUCACUAAAGGAAUCUAAACUUGUAAAUGAAAAUUGGGAAUUAUGGGAAGAAUGGAAAACUGAAAAACAAGAAAUGUUCAAUGAAUGGCUCCAAUUAUAUACUCAUAAAUGGAUCCAACAAAAACAAUGGAGAUUAUGGAUUGGAGAAAAAAUGUCCCACGAAAGAAAUAAAUCGACAUCUGAAUCAAUUAUCGUAGGUGCAAGCCCUGCUGAAAUAAAAACUGAUGAGAAAAAAGAUGAUGUAAAAGAUGAUGAGAAAAAAGAUGAAAUAAAAAUUGAUGAAAAAAAAGCUGAUGUAAAAGAUGAUGAGAAAAAAGAUGAAAUAAAAAUUGAUGAAAAAAAAGCUGAUGUAAAAGAUGAUGAGAAAAAAGAUGAAAUAAAAAUUGAUGAAAAAAAAGCUGAUGUAAAAGAUGAUGAGAAAAAAGAUGAAAUAAAAAUUGACGAAAAAAAAGCUGAUGUAAAAGAUGAUGAGAAAAAAGAUGAAAUAAAAAUUGACGAAAAAAAAGCUGAUGUAAAAGAUGAUGAGAAAAAAGAUGAUAGUACUAGUGAUGUUAAAGGUAAAUUUGUCAUUGCAUCAAGCACACCAGCUAAAGCUGAUGAUAAAAAAGAUGAAGUAAAAAAAGACGACAGUACCACUGAUAUUAAAGGUAAAUUUGUCAUUGCAUCAAGCACACCAGCUAAAGCUGAUGAUAAAAAAGAUGAUGCUGAAAAGAAAGAUGAAAUAAAAAAGGAUGACAGUACCACUGAUAUUAAAGGUAAAUUUGUCAUUGCAUCAAGCACACCAGCUAAAGCUGAUGAUAAAAAAGAUGAUGCUGAAAAGAAAGAUGAAAUAAAAAAGGAUGACAGUACCACUGAUAUUAAAGGUAAAUUUGUUAUUGCAUCAAGCACACCAGCUAAAGCUGAUGAUAAAAAAGAUGAAGUGAAAAAAGAUGACAGUACCACUGAUAUUAAAGGUAAAUUUGUUAUUGCAUCAAGCACACCAGCUAAAUCUGAUGAUAAAAAAGAUGAAGUGAAAAAAGAUGACAGUACCACUGAUAUUAAAGGUAAAUUUGUCAUUGCAUCAAGCACACCAGCUAAAUCUGAUGAUAAAAAAGAUGAAGUGAAAAAAGAUGACAGUACCACUGAUAUUAAAGGUAAAUUUGUCAUUGCAUCAAGCACACCAGCUAAAGCUGAUGAUAAAAAAGAUGAAGUGAAAAAAGAUGACAGUACUAGUAAUAUUAAAAACAGAUAUAGUAGCAUAACAAAUUCAACAAUUAAAGCCGAUGAAAAGAAAGAAGAUAGUGAUGCAAGCUCAUUAAAUGGUGAUGACUAUAAACGAAGAUCUAUAUCGAACCCAUACCUUCGAAACUCGAAAUUUAUAUAA